UUGUAUCAUAUCAAAUGAAGAACAUUUUACAUUACAUUAUAGUUAAUAGUGUUAAUACCUCAACAAAGGUCAAAAACACUUGGAUAUAUAUAUAAAAAAAAAAAAAAGUAUAGUUUAUAAGCGUGUAAAAUUAUUAUUAUAUAUAUAUAAUAUUGCACGUGCGUUGUUCUUUUUGAGGAAAAACGAGUGUUUUUGUGAAAUACAUUAAAGUUGGAUUUUUUUUUUGCCAAAUCCACAAAUAAUUAACUCACGACACGAUGAAGAGAUCGUCGUCGCAGCUCUCGCUAGCCAAACUCUCGGCCCUUCGCAUGUACUUCCAUCACUGGGCCCUCAAGUGGCAAUACGGAAACACGAGAGAAGAUGUGCCUAGGAAGCCCGACCUGCCGACCAUAAUCGUCCUGCUGCAGGCAGUGGGAUUCAAACUGCGGGAGUUGAAGAAGAAGGUCGAUCGCUCGGGAGCAGAGGAGCCGGCCGGUGGUGAGGAGCCCGCCGGGAGCGUCAAGAUCACCGUGGAGUGCGGCUCCUCGAGGAUGGCCGCCGUCCUGGACAUGAGCGAUGUGAGCUGCGCCUGCCAGGACAACGUCGACCCGAACACCGGCUCCUUCUGGAGCAUCACGGGAACCGGGCCCAUGGCAGACAGCAGCCACCAGAACCAAGUGGUGGAGGAGACGGGCAGCAGCCUCCUGCCCGACAUGUCCAAGGAGUCGAUGCAAGCGAUCCAGGACGUGCUCUACCGGGUGGUCAAGGUCAUCGACGCCAAGGGCGAGGUUGACACGAACGAGUUCAAGGUGGCCGCCGUGGGUGGAGCCGCUCGUCACAGGCGCCAGAGCAUCUCGACCCUCCAGAACCCCGACAACGACGCCAAAGGAGGUGGCCUCCUUCGAAGCAACACCGAUUUUUACAAGCAGCCCGGGGUUAACGAUACGAACCCGAGCGAGGCCCACGCAAGGAGGAGGAGACAGAGCAUGGGUGCCGAGUGCGCAAGGGAGGUGCAUCAGCCGAGGCUCCAGCGCCAGAGCACGUACGAGCUGCAGACCAGCGCAGGUGGCGAGGAGGUCGCGGAGGAGCCGAGGCCGCAGGUGAACCGCGUCUCGAACUCGCCCAUGCGACGGCUCGCCGAGGACUCGUUUGGCCAGGUGACGGUGCAGAGCAACGACGGGGACGCCGAUCUCGCCGACUGCGUGCUCAAGGCCCACGGGAUCCUGGGCAGCGCCGUCGAGCUCCUCAAGGACAAGAUACCCGCCAACUCGACCUUCGGCCAAGACGAGCUGUUCAACCGGACCAGGAGCAGUUGCUCGUUGACGGGCAACAACUGCAUCAGCCCUGCACCGUCGAGCAGUGACAGUUUCACCAGCGGCCGGGGUAUUCCGAGCAGCUCUUCGUCGGGGCUGGCGAGUAGUCUCUUGCCCAAAAAGCCGCAGCAGCGCUCGAUCCCCAGACCAACGGUACGUAUCCCGAGCACCGGAGUAUCGAGAGGACCGAGCUCCACUCCGGGCUUAUGGCCGCGCGCGUCCUUGGCUCAGCGGAGGACAGUUCCCGGCAAGACGAUGGCCCCACCGCUUCCGCCUCUCGGGAGACGCGUCAAGGAUCAUACGGAGGCCCCAGGGACCCCGGGAAUGGUCCAGGGUUCGAGGGCCACGGGUGCGAAGGUGCCGGUCGCCAGCAAACUUGCCCGGUUGGCCAGUCCGGUGCAGUUGGCGGACCGUGUGGGGCUUCCGCGGGAAAACAAGAGCCAAGUGGGCAACCCGCGGCUGGGACGUCGAACCUUGUCAGUGACCGCUGGCGCGUCCAGUGCGUCGAGCAACGGUGCGGGGCGGGCGUCGUUCAUCAAGCCACCGUCGGGUCGUUUCAACGGCAGCGGCGUCUCCUCGACCAGCAACGUGUCCAAGCCCGGUUUCGCGGCUUUGAGGAAAUAAAGUGUUUUCAUCGAGCGAGUUUUCAUGAGUUUUAUGGUAAUGAGAUAUAUUAUAUCUGUUUUACGCGGAAAGUCACGAAUAUGGUGUUUUUAGCAAGUACUAGUUGAUUUUUAGAAGAAUUUUAAUCGCUGGUUAUUGCGCAUCUGGGACAAUUUAAUGAUCCAUGUCUUGGUUUUUUUUUUUUUUUCUUUCAUUGUAACAUUUUAACAACAAUACGAUGCAGCGGCUUUUUUUCAUGUUGAUUUGUGGCUGAGGGAUAUUUUAUAUAAUCCUGUGUAUGUAUAAUAAAUCGAUGUCUUCUUUGGUCUGGUCACUGCGGACGAUCGUUCUGUUAUGAAUUUUUUUUUUUUUUUUUUUUUAUGAACAUAAUUUAUUGUAAAUAAACCUACUCAACUCUUUUUUCAACUCUGAUUAUUAUUGUAAAUUAUUAAGUUUGUCUCAAACUUUCAAAGGGUUUUUCUGGCAAUUAUGUAUGAGAGAUCCGUUGUCUUAAACGUUUCGGAUAAUAUAUAAUUAUGUGAUUGCAAUAUUCCAGAAAUAGAAUUUUUUUUCUCUCAGAGACCUCUACUGUAGGUAUAU